ACUGCUGAGAGGUAUAAAUUAUCAUUCUCAUUAACAGAUGAAGAAAUUGAAGCUGACAAUGGCUUGGGAAACUUAGAUUGACGGUACAGUCUGUAGGUCCUAGAGACGGGACCAAUUCCUAAUUUGUUUUACCCAAAAGUCAUGAUCUUCACCACAAUACAGCACUGCCUGUCAACAGGAGGGGUUGGGAAGAGAAAGGGGUCUAGGAUGACUCUCCUGUUUCUUGCAGAGGUGACUGAAGAAAUCGAGAGAACACAGGAGGAGAAGCAAGUUGUGGGAAAGAUGGAUUCGGUUUUAGACUCCAGCUGAGCAAGUCUAGUGGGGCUGUAAAUGAGGAACACAAAUCUCUCUCUAAGCACUGUCCCGGCCCCACCAUCUGCAGAGCUCAUUGGUCUUAGGGCACUUGGGGUUCUGCCUUCUGACUCCUCUCUUUUGGGUGUGGAAGGUAGGCUCUCUGAAGAGAACACCUUCAACCUGGGCCAUACACUGAAGGGAGGCCAGGCUGAGAUGACUGUGACCAGCAGGCUCUGGGCAACCAACUCUUUGCCUCCGGUGAAGGGGAAGGUGGGGGUGAAAAAGAGAGUUCUGAGCCGGGUGCUUUCCCCAACAUGACAAAUCAACAAACAAUAGCAAGAGGGUGAUAGGCGAGGCUCAGGUGGCCAUAGCUCCUAAAGCCCAGGCUUUUCUGUCUAAUCCCACCUGACAAGUUUGAACCUUCAGGGUCAGCAUCUACAGAUUCUCAGGAUCUAUGUGACAGGGCCUGAGGUCAGAGGUAAGAGGCAAUGUGACAGGUAUUGGAAUGAAGUUGGUACCUGGGAGGUCAUUGGGGAGGUCUUUCUCAAGUCUGUCACAGCCCCCCUAAACUUGAAUCUAAAACUAAAGCACAAACUAGAAUCUAAAACUGAGGCAUCCUAUGGAAGGCCCUUGAGUAGGUGGCCUCCUGGGAGCCCGUAAGUGGGAUGACAGUGUGGCAGACCCUGAUCCCUGAGGGUCAGGAAAAAGCUGCACUGUGUUCCUCACAAACACAACAUACAGUGCUUUUCACUCACCUCUCCUUGGGAGCAGGGCCUGCGGCCCAGAGAGAACAUCAAAGAGAGUCUAGGAACUCCUGGUCUUCUGGCAAGGAGGUUGGAACUAAGUGUUCUGAAGACACCAGGAGGAGGAGACCAGGUAGCAGUGUAUCUCUUCUCCCGCACAUCCAGCCUCCUCAGCACAGGGCCUCCUCAGGAUCAGGGGACACUCCAUUCUCCCAAACUGCUCUUUGUCCAGAAACCAUUCUAGUCUGUUCUUCCUUUGAACUGUCUUUGGUCUCAGGUAAGAAUCCCUGCCCAUGCCCAGUUCAUCUUCCAGUGCCUAUGCUUCCUCUGGAGCAGUUAGAGAAUUGGAGCUCCGCAGCUCCUUCUGCUCCUCUGUAUUUUUACCAUAAGGGUUGACUAGGGCCAGGGAUAGUUGGGAAGAGUUUCUUACCUAACAAGCAGCUGCAGCUCCUAUCUGUAACUAUUGCAGCUUGUGGACUGAAUGAAGCUGAGACCCCGUGGUGGACCAAGGGAAUGGGGGGCAUGGCUAGGGGAACUUGGGAGCGUGUUUUCUCUCUGGACAUGAAAACUAGGGCUGGAUGCUCUCUGAGAUAGAUACAGUUCAGCUUUUAGAGUGUGGGGGAGGACACACAGGGAAGGCUGGGUGGACACUAGAGUCUCCCGGAGGGACAGAUGGUCACUCUAGGCUCACCUCUGCCUCCAAACACUCUACCAGCAGGAGGAAUGACACCAGUGGUGGCCUGGAUCCUGUCCCUCCAGCUUGUUCUAGGGCCAACUCUGGUCAUGGACAUCAAUAUGCGGAAAGCUGUUAAGAACUUCCGUGCCUUAAACAUCGACUAUCCCAGAGUGGAAAACCUGAAGAAUAGCAAAGCCUACUGUAAUAUUCUGAUGUCCUAUGUACGGGGUACAAUGCAAAGCUGGUUUUGCCCAAAGGUUCAUUAUUGGAUACAUGCUCCUUGGAAAGACAUCCGGCCAUUGUGCAAGCACAGUGACAGCUUCUGUGAGAAUUACAAUGCAUUUUGUAUAUUCACCCAGGAAUCCUUUCCAGUCACAACCUGCUCUGUGACCAACGAGCAGCCCGCCAGCUGCAACUACAAUACCUCCCUAUCCAACCAGAGGCUUUGCCUGCUCUGUUCUGCAAAGGAUGAGGCUGAACCCAUAGGUAUCUUUGGUACCCUUUAAGGGAGGUUAGCAUUCUAAACCACUCCCUACUGCCACCACAGACCAGCCUCUCCCACUAAACUCUGAUUCUUGGCUCAAGCCUGCCUCCCUUACUUCAGAGGCAGGCAGUUCCCUUCCCAGACCAGGAAGGUAGGAGAAACGUCCAGAACCUUGGUCGCCAUGCAGAGUUUUACUGUCUUCUAGGCUCUUUCCAACUUGUUUACCUCCCUGUCCUCUACCCCCUCCCUCCCUCUCCCACAGACAGUCUUACCCACCCAAGAAGCUGACUGUGUCCAGUUGGCAGUGACUGUCCAUCGACAGGGCCAGAUUCUGAAUCCUGGAUGGAGGCCCAGAGCCUCAGCUCACACCAUGGCAACAGGCACCCUGCUUAGUGUCUCAGCUCCCCACCCCCACCAGCCUUUCCUGUCCAGUCUUCCCCAUUUACCCUACAGCUCCCUCCACUCACUCACCAACACGGUGGGUGUCUCUGGCCAGAAAAACCUCCCUGACUCCCUUCUGAUCAUUUCAGCCUCGCCUCCCUGCAACCCUUUCAAUUCCCAGUCUGCUCCUUUCUAUGAAAUCAUUGAUUUUCUCUUCAUGUAAGCUGUCCUGGCUGCCCUCCUGCUAUCUGGAGCCCAGGGCCAUGUCUCCCCCACACCCCAGGCUUCUGUAGUCACCUGUCCUCUUCUCUCUGACCUUUCAUCUUUCUCACUUUGGCCCUCUGGAAUGUCAAGCUAGAACUUCUCUGACUUAUUCCUCUCCUCUUUCCUUUCCUAAGGCUCCUCCUGACAAACCCCCAACUCAAGGAGUUUCCACUAACAAGGCAGGGGUGAGGUGGGUAGUUGGAGAAAAUUUGAAACCACAUCUGAGUUUAGUAGGACAUAACCAUUGGAAAUUGGGUGGAAGGUACACGGAUCCUUCUGUACUGUUUUUGCAUCUUUUUGUGAAUUUAUAAUCAUGUCAAAAUUAAAAAAUCAA